CUAAUAUGAAUUUCAAAAUUGAUAUAUGUUAAAGAUCCCUCUCCCCUUCCUCCUCUCUCUUCUCCUUCUAUGGAGCCUCCUCCUUCUGUUACGCCGUCCAAUUCCACCGAACAUUCAAAUCCAACGGCGGAUAAUCCUUCUUGCUUGCCAACAAUGAUCAAGAACAAGAAUCGAAAGAAAAAGAAAGUCUUUAAAACCUGUGCUCAGACGUCGUCAUCUUCUUCUGCUGCUACACGCUUCCCUUAUAAACGUAGAAACUCGAAGGUGGUAUUGGCUCCAGUUCGCCGUGGUGGCCGCUCCUUCGGCGAUAGCCAAAUGGAGGCUGUCGCUCUCCCUCUUGGAAUGUCUUUUGCUGCUAUUAUUGCAAAGUUUAUGGAGACAAAAGACGCAGCAGGUGAUAAGAUGUCUGUUGAUCGUCUUACAAAGAUCUGUGCUUCAGCUGUCAGAGAAUCUUUAGCCAAUGUCUUUGGUGAUAAAUUUGAUUUCUUUGCGAGGAAUUUUGAGAAAUCAUUUGGGAGCACAUUGAGUACUCUUAGAUUGAUUAAUGAAGCAUCCCUCAACAGGGAAACUUGUCAUUUGAGCCAAGUUGAUGUAGAAAACUCUGCUUCAGACUUGAAUCUCAACAAUGGAAUUCGCUGUAUGAGUUGCAUCAAAGAUUGUCACUCAGAAACUCCGUUGACAUCCAGUUUGUUUCAGAACCAAAUGCGUAUGGAUGAAGAUGUAGAAGACAGUUCACCUUCUAUGAAUCAGGAACUUGUCUUGCAUGGCCAAAUAAAUCAACAGGUUUGCACUCCAUGUUCUUCAGGUUCCAUAAUCAACCAGCUCAGCACCGUUGAGAAAUCCAUCAUGGAACAUGCCCGUUCUAAUGACCUGAAAACAUUCAAGAUUGGUCUUACAAUGAGAAAAUUGAAGUUAAAAGAGGCAGCAUUGGCUCUUAACCUUGAUGCAAAUCAUCUUGAGAGGUCAAAAUUAGCAAUGGGCAUGUCAAAGGCAUCCUUUAAAAUUGAGAAGUUCAAGACUCAAUUAGAAGAUACGAGGCAUGCUGAACUGCUUAAGAAGUGCAUAGAUUGUCUCGUUGCUGGUUUGUUUAUCAUGUCGGCAUCCAUUUUAUAUGGUGCAUAUGCUUUUUCAUACCAAAGGAUCACUGAUGCUACUGCAUCCUGUAGUCCCUUAAUUGAGGAUUCCAAAUCUUGGUGGAUACCGAGACCAUUUUCAUCUUUCAACUCAGGAUGGCAUACUCUCAGGUGUCAUGUUCAGGUGGCAAGCCGAAUGCUGUUCGGCAUCUUAAUAAUUCUGGCAGUAGCUUAUUUGCUUCUUCAACGUUCAGCAACCUCACGUCAGACCAUGCCAGUAACUUUCAUUCUGUUGCUUUUAGGAGCUGCCUGUGGUUUCGCCGGCAAACUUUGUGUGGACACGUUGGGAGGAAGUGGAUUUCACUGGCUCCUGUACUGGGAGACUAUGUGCCUGCUGCACUUCUUCUCAAAUGUCUGUAUAUCCACCUUGUUCUGUAUACUUCAUGGGCCUCUCACCGUUUCUCGGAGGACAAAUUACAAUUCACUAUGUCCAUAUUGGUUCCGGCGAAUUCUUUUCUACGCCGCUCUGCUCUUGGUCUUGCCGUUGUGCUGUGGUCUAUUGCCUUUUGCUGAUCCAGGUGAAUGGAAAGAUCAUUUCUUUCUACUUGCAACCAACUUUCUAUCCAUUACAGAUGAUUGAGGCGAGAGUCCGCCACAGCCAAAAAGCUCCAUGUUAUUACAUAUAGUUGAGGUUAAAUUUCUCGUAAUCCUGCCUGUAAUUUAUAGGUAAUGUAUGCCUCUAGUGCUUGCUGGCCUAGAUAAAUAUGCAGGCAGCUGGUUGGUUUUAUCAAAUUGGUCCUGUUAACGUGUAAUCCCUUCCUGGAACCUUUCUUUCUAUUUGAGUCAUUGCUAGAGAUAUGUAGAUCCAUUAGGAGGUUGAUGAAUGUAUCCAUUUCGUUUAUAAUUUAAUAUUAAUUUUCACUGUUAUAUCA